AUGGCUCCAAAGACUCGAUCCGCCGGAAAUACAAGCAAGGAUGGUGCGUCAGAAAAGAAAAAAGAAUCAGUGGUGGAGAAGAAAAAAGCUACGGCGGAGAAGAGGAAAGCUUUGGCGGAAAGGAAGAAGGCCUCAGCCCUAAAAAGAAAAGAAGCAGCGAGAAAGCAGAAGCGAGACACUGGUGUAGAUGGUGGGUUCUCGUCGAAUCCAAUCAAGCGGAGUCGGACAGCAUCAGCGAAAUCCCGAUCAAGUCCAUCACUUUCGGUUCAGCCACAAAAAUCACCUACUCAAACACCCAAUGAGGCGGAGAAUCCACGGCAAGCUCCAAUAAAUUCUAACAACAGAGAGUCACGCUCACUUGAGGCUGCCAUUAACAGUGAAGCGCAACAAACGGCUGGAUCUAACAACAGAGAUUCAAACACACCUGAGGCUGCCACUGGAUCUUCUGCCAUUGACAAUGACGAUCCAAGAACGGUAAACAAGGCAAUUUGA